AGCACAUCCCACCCCAUCCCUGCCUAGCCCAGACUGCCCUUUACACCCUUGCCCAGACAAACCCAGAUUAGCCCAGCCCUGCACAUCCCAGUCUUCCCAAGGUCCCAUCAGUCCAGCUCCAAGCCUUAUUUGUCCAGUACUGGGAGCCAGCAGUUGCUAACCAUAGCUUGUUCAGAGCAACACAGAUUCCUGGUCAUCCAGAUAGAGGAAAGCAUUCAGGUCCACCCGAGUGGGACCCCUUAGAUCCCAAAGAGAAGCCAGAUCCUUGCGAUAUUAACCACAGACGCCUGAAGCCUUCACCUGGAGCCUGUGGAUCUAAAGAACACACUUUCUUCUCACUGAGGUUGCUCUGGACCACGUGGCGGCAGAGGUCCUCCAGGACUGCUGGGACAUGAUGGAGAUGGAGAAAGAGAUGAAAACAGAGAUGAGGGGAGGGUUGGAGAUGAAAAUGGAGAACGAGAUGAAAACAGAGAUUGAAGGAGGGUUUGAGAUGAAACUGGAGAACGAGAUUAAAACAGAGAUUGAAGGAGGGUUGAAGAUGAAUAUGGAGAACGAGAUGAAAACAGAGAUUGAAGGAGGGUUGGAGAUGAAGAUGGAGAACGAGAUGAAAACAGAGAUUGAAGGAGGGUUGGAGAUGAAGAUGGAGAACGAGAUUAAAACUGAGAUUGAAGGAGGGUUGGAGAUGAAGACGGAGAACGAGAUGAAAACAGAGAUUGAGGGAGGGUUGGAGAUGGGGAUAGAGACAAAAAUCGGGAUGGGGGGAAGGUUGGAGAAGGAGAUGAAGAUGGAGAUGGAGAAGGAGGUGAAGAUGAGGAUGGAGAAGGGUCUAGAGCUGAUGGGGAUGGGGAUGGAGCAGUUGAUGGAGAUGCGCAUGUCCUCCUCCAGCUCCUCCUCCUCGGCUUCAUUCAGUGUGAGCUCCACAAAGCCACACAAGACCUCCCAGACGAAGGCUGUGGAGGAGCACUCUGUGGUGCAACGUAAGACCUCGGCUGUGGUGGAGUCCUUCAGCCAGUUGCAGAAAUCCCCUCACGUCCCAGUGGGGGAGUCUGUCCCAGAUUUCGAGGAGAGACCACGCCCCAUCACUGCCCAGGAGGGGGACAAGGUGUCCUUCAAGGUGAAGGUGACGGGGACCCCCUCACCCACUGUGACUUGGGAGAGAGCCAGCGGAAAGCCACUGUCUGAGGGAACCAAGACCUUCUACGAUAGCAUCAACAAACAGCACGUCCUGAAAAUCAAGAGCCUGGCCAUGGAUGAUGCUGAUGUCUACAAGUGCAUUGCCUCCAACGAGCAUGGACAUUCCAUCUACUCCAUUUCCCUCAUAGUAACAGACAAUCCAGCGAUGGACUUCAAAAAGAUGCUUAAAAAACGGAGUGUUCCUGUGGGCCGUCGGGAGGGGAGGAAGCCCCCCACGGAGGAGGAGAUGCUGAAGAUCCUGUCUGGGGCCGAAAAGAAGGACUAUGAGAAGAUCUGUGCUGAACACGGCUUCACCGACUUCAGGGGCAUCCUCAAAAAACUCAAAGAGAUGAAGAAGAAAGUGGAGGUGGAGAUGGUGCGGGUUCUGAAACCCCUGGAGGAUAUCACAGCCAAGGUCGACUCCAACGUGGUCUUCGAAACCAUCCUGGAGCUCAAGGACCCCAACACCAAGAUGCGCUGGCUUUUGGGCACGGAGCUGUUGCGUAUCCAGUACUCUCUGGGGAAAUACAAAGUGAAGCAGCUGGGCACCAAGCACACGCUGUGCAUCUCCAGAGUUAGCCUUGAUGACAUGGGCACCUACACACUGCAAGUAGGAGACACGACCCUCUCGGCCAGGCUCACAGUUGUUGAUGAGCCUUUGGGGUUCGGGUCGGAGCUGAAGCCAAUGAGAGUGACAGAGCGCCAGACAGCCGUGUUUGAGGUUCGCCUGUCAAAGAGGACAGAUGUUCCCCUCGUCUGGAAGGUGAAGGGGAAGGAGGUGAAGAGGGAUGAGAAGUUUGACGUGUCUGUGUCUGACGACGGGCUGACCUACACCCUGAAGAUAAAGGACGUGAGAGCCAGUGACACCGGAGAGUACACCAUGAACAUAGGAGACCUCACUACCUCUGCUCCUCUCUUCAUAGAACGCCUCCCCAUCAACUUCUCGAGCCCUCUGAAGAACGUGCGUGUGAAAGAAAAGGGCAAGGCCCGCCUGGAGUGCGAGAUCAGCACCAAAGACGUGCACGUGCGAUGGCUGAAGGACGGCCGUGACAUCACCAACGACCCGCGCUACAUCUUCAUGCGCGAGGGGAAGAGGGCGGAGGUCAUCGUGGAGGACUGCGACUUGGCGGACACAGGCGAGUACGCGGUGGUCUGCACCCAGGACAGUGACGAGCACGAGUACGUCACCUCCGCUAACCUGACCGUGGACGAGCGCUUUGCCACAGUGAAGAGUGACAUGUUAGAUGCCCAGUGUCCAACAGGCUCGCCAGCAGAGCUGUGUGUGGUCCUGAAUGAUGAGAAGGUGGAUGGAGUAUGGCUGAGAGAUGGAGUAGAGGUGUCUGAGCUGAGCGGGGUGCAGGUGGUGAAGCAGGGGGCGGUCCACAAGCUGCUCUUCACAGGCGUAAGCGACGCCCAUCAGGGAAAGUACACCUUCAGAGCCAAGGGGGCCGAGAGCGAGGCUGUCCUCACCAUCGCAGACCCUCCAGAGAUCGACCCGGCGCUGCUGGAGCUGCUGGGGGCCCAGCCUGUGACGGUGAAGGCAGGCCAGACCGCUACCAUCAAGAUCCCCUUCAGGGGACGCCCCCCGCCCAAGGUCACCUGGUACAAGGACGGCCUGGAGAUGCUGGAGGACGAGCGGACCAAGGUGGAGCGGACGGCUGACUCCACCACGCUGGUACUGAGCAGGUGUGAGCGAGAGGACAGUGGUGCCAUCAUGGUUCGUCUGAAGAGUGACUGUGGCACGGCCACGGCCAACCUCCACCUCAACGUCCUGGACCGCCCCAAGCCCCCCCAGGGCAAGGUGGAGUUCCCAGAGAGGACGGGCAGGUGCAUCACCAUGAAGUGGAAAGCCCCAAAGGACAACGGGGGCCAGCAGGUCAGCAGCUUUGUCGUCGAGCGUCGUCCAGCCGGGAAGAAGUCCUGGGUCCGGGUGGGGGAGGUGGAGAGCAACGCCACCACCUUCAGUGACGUGAAGGUGGAGGAGGGCAAGGCCUACCAGUACCGCAUCAGGGCUGCCAACUCCCAGGGCCUGAGUGACGCACUGGAGACUGAGGACGUGUACGCAGGAGAGCCCAUUGAGCCCCCUGGCAUGGCGUCCCAACCGCAGGUGUGUGACGUCACCAAAGAGGCGGUGACGGUGAGCUGGUGUGCCCCGGGCCAGGACGGCGGCGCGGCGGUGCUGGGCUACGUCCUGGAGAGGAGGAAGAAGGGAAGCAACAUGUGGGUCCCCGUCAACACCGAGCCCCUCACAGAUACCAAGUGUGUGGUGGAUGGGCUGGUGGAGGACGUGGAGUAUGAGUUUAGAGUGACCAGCAUCAACAGGGCUGGAGCUGGGAGCCCCAGUACAGCCUCCAACUUUGUCCUGGCCAAAGACCCCCUCCGAGCCCCAGGCCUGGUGAGGGACCUGGCAGUGUCUGACUCCUCCAACUCCUCCAUCUCUUUGAGCUGGAAGCCCCCUGAGCUGGGAGACCAGCCCUCUGGCUACAUCCUGGAGGUCCGCCCCGACGACGCCAAGGAGUGGACCAAGAACACCAAGAUCCCCAUUGCCAGCACCGCCUACACUGUGACGGGCCUGCAGGAGCGCAUGAAGUACUUCUUCCGCAUCCGGGCGGUGAACGAAGGAGGGGUGGGGGAGCCCAGAGAGCUGGAGGAGGGGGUGCUGGCCAUGCCCCCCCCUGCGCCCCCUAGGUUUGACCUCCAGGGGAAGGCGAAGAACCAGAUGGUGGUGCGAGCAGGGUCGGCCCUGUGCCUCCAGCUGUCCUUCACUGGCUCCCCUCCCCCCGUGGUGUCCUGGUCGAGGGACGGCAUCCCCACCCAGGGCAGGGAGGCGAUCACCAAGGGCAAGACCCACUCUCAGUUCCUCAUCUCCUCCUCCCAGCGCUCCGACGCGGGCGUCUACCGCGCUCACUUGAAGAACGACUACGGAGAGGCCCACUAUGACAUCAGCGUCCGGGUAACAGACUUUCCACGCCCCCCCAGGAACCUGCGUCUGGUGGAGGAGGUCCCGGGCACGGUGACCCUGCAGUGGGACCACACCCCCGACCUGGGGGACGACGAGGGCGGCCAUUACGUCAUCCUCAAACGAGACGCUAGCACCUCCUCCUGGUUCACCACCGCCGAGUGCGUCUACAGCAAUAAGUACACUGUCACCGGACUGCUUCCUGGAAGGAAGUAUUACUUCCGGGUCAUGGCACGCAAUUCUAUUGGAGACAGCGACCCCCUGGACUCCAGAGAGUCCCUGAUCAUCGCUAAGGAGAAAGAACCAAUCAGCAGCCUUCUCAUGAAUGAGUACACUCGCACCGAGCGCCAGGUGAAGCCGGCCUUCAUUCUGCCCUUGAAGGACCACGCCGUUCGCCGUGGAAACGACUGCACCAUGAGCUGCGCCUUCCUGGGAAUGCCCAUUCCGCAGGCUAGCUGGUACAAGGGGGAAGUGCAGAUCUCAGACAAGCCGCGGUUCUGGCAGAGCACAGCGGAUGGGGUGUGCACCCUCACCAUCCCCUCCUGUGUGGCCAGGGACAGUGGAGACUACACCCUGCUGCUGGAGAGCCCUCUGGGACAGGCCAGGUGCUCCUGCAACCUGCUCAUCUUCGAUAAGGAUGACAAGAGUCUUCUAGAUAAUCUUACUGACCGCACAGCUAAGGAAAAACUCAUCAUGUGAACGGACUUGAACUACAGUACCCAAAAGGAAGUUGUAAUGGCUUUUGUCCCUUCGAUGAACAUCUUGCCGUUGCAGCACCAGCAGUUGGAUUUGAAAGUGAUCCAUUCAUAAUAUGAAUUAUUGACGAAAGCAUAUUGUGGCCAUUAGUGAAUCUUUUCAUGUUUUGUUCCCUUAAAAAUCCUUCAACUCUGACAUGAGAAAUAUUGAAACAUAAAUUAAUAAAUACAGCG